AUGGCGCUGGAGAUCGAGCACACCCACCUCCCCAUCCGCGGCCUCAACCUCCACGUCGCACACGUAGGCAAAGGUGACCUGGGCACGGUGGUGUUCCUGCACGGCUUCCCGGAGAUAUGCAGCCUGAUCCCUUCGUAAAUUUUCAGUUGACAACAGUAUUUUUCUCUCACACCAAACCAGUCAGCAGUAAAUAAUCCACGAUACGAUACGGCCUCCCGAACAUGCUGAUGGUACUCGUGGCGCCACCAGAUGGUGGCCGUGGCCGCGGCGGGGUACCGGGCCAUCGCGCCAGACUGUCGCGGGUACGGCCUGUCCGACCAGCCGCCGGAGGACGAGGAGGCCUCCCUUGACGACCUCGUCGCCGACGUGCUCGGCAUCCUCGACGCCCUCAGCGUCCCAAAGGCGUUCUUGGUGGGCAAAGACUUCGGUGCCAUGCCGGCGUACGAGUUCGCGCUGCAGCACCCGGACCGCACCCGCGGCGUUGUGUGCCUCGGCAUCCCCUUCAGCCCUGUUCCCUUCUCCUUCGACACCAUGCCCGAGGGCUUCUACGUCCUGCGCUGGCGCGAGCCUGGCAGGGCGGAGGCCGACUUCGGGCGGUACGACGUGGUAGGCGUGGUGCGCACCGUCUCGUGCUCUUCUCCGGCGCCGAGAUCCCGAUUGCCAAGGAAGGGCAGGAGAUCAUGGACCUGGCCGACCUGUCCACUCCCUCCCGGAGUGGUUCACCGAGGAGGACCUGGAUGUCUCGCCAAGCUCUACGAGAAGUCCGCUUUCGCUACCGCUCCAGAUGCCAUACAGGUGAGAGCAGCUGUCAUCCUGCUACGAGAAACUCCAUGGUCUAUACACAAGAUGCCGAACCGACUGGACGCCAAGUUCCAGGCCCCGGUGCUCAUGGUGAUGGGGGAGAAGGACUACUGCUUCAAGUUCCCGGGGUUCGAGACCGCCCUGCGCAGCGGCGUCAUGGACAACUUCAUGCCGGACCUCAAGAUCACCUACAUCCCGGAGGGGAGCCACUUCGUGCAGGAGCAGCUCCCGGAGCAGGUCAACGAGCUCCUCCUCGACUUCCUCAAGGCCAAGGGCCCCACCCCGUUGCAUCGUGAACUGGGGACGGUGGUGUUCCUGCACGGCUUCCCGGAGAUAUGGUACUCGUGGCGCCACCAGAUGCUGGCCGUGGCCGCGGCGGGGUACCGCGCCAUCGCGCCGGACUGCCGCGGGUACGGGCUGUCCGACCAGCCGCAGGAGAACGAGGAGGACUCCUGGGUCUGGGACGACCUCGUCGCGGACGUGCUCUCCAUCCUCGACGCGCUCUCCAUCCCAAAGAGACCAACAGAAUGCUCUGUAUUCAAUGUGAAAGCAGAUUCUCCACGUGACUUUGUUCAGUUCAUUGAAUGGUCUCCUCGGUCCUGCCCUCGUGCAUUGCUAGUGGCAAAUUUUCAUGGGCGGAUCACUAUAUGGACACAGCCAACAAAGGGUCCUGUAAAUCUUGUACGUGAUGCAAGCUCGUGGCAAUGUGAACAUGAAUGGCGUCAAGAUCUUUCUGUGGUGACCAAGUGGUUGUCAGGAAUUUCUCCGUAUAGAUGGCUUCCUACAAAUUCCACUGGUUCAAAUCUGAAGACCUUUGAGGAAAAAUUCCUCACCCAACAGCCUCAGAGUUCAGUGGGAUGGCCAAGUAUUCUAUGUGUUUGUUCAGUUUUUUCAUCAGGUUCUGUUCAGCUUCAUUGGUCACAGUGGCCUUCUCAAAACUCAGCACAUCCUAGAUGGUUUUCUACUAGCAAAGGGCUUCUAGGAGCAGGACCCAGUGGCAUAAUGGCUGCUGAUGCUAUUGUAACAGAAUCUGGAGCUUUACAUGUUGCUGGGGUUCUUCUGAUGAUAUAUUUGUCAAAACUCUGCUAA